UUUGAUGGAAUGACUUCCCGCCACAAUCUAUUUAUUUCCGCCGACGUCACGGACCAAAGGCUCAGCAAUCAGCAUUACGAUUUACGACACACCUCCUUCUAGAUUUUGUCUUCACGGCCACCAUCGCCACCGUCGAAAGUUACUUUCCCGGCAGUUUUGACUCCCGGCAACCACCGACGGUUACUCGACGGUUUUUUCCCGAAGAUUUCAAAUUUCUUUCGUCAACAGUUAGGUACUGCUCUCGCCAGUCCACUGCUUCAAGUAAGCGAACCAUUAUAAUGUCACGACCAGAAUUCCCACCGAAUAUCGAAGAGGAAGAGAUAUGCCACUCCAAUCCAUUCUCUUCUUCCUUCCGGUGCUUCAAUUGCUUUCCGCACAACUACACCCGGCUUUCCCAGGGCAGGGAAGUUGGACAACAAGAACAGCCCCAAGGCGGCUCUCGAAACCUCUAAUCGGAGACGACGGAACGAUCUAUACCUGUUCCCAGAGAUUCCUCUUGGCAUUCCAAAGCAAUGGGUCACUCGCCUGGACUUUACAUUUGGCUUACGAGUGCAAUCUCCGCAUGGCCCCUGUCCAUGGCGGACCAGGACUGAUGUUCUUGGUUGCAGAUGAUAGAGUUCUCAAGAUCAAUGUCAAGCACAUUGGGACUUCUGUGCCUGCUGAGGAAGUCUUCUUUGGACAGAAGGGUGGGGGUGAGAUCAUCGGCGUUGCAGUCAGCACGAUGAGUUCCACCGUGUUCAUCAAUGUCGAGAACCGAGGUUUGUUUGCCUGCGACAUGAAUGCGAAGCUGGUGUGGAGUGCUGGACCGCUGCUUUCUCAGUCCGGCUACCGGUUGGGAUGCAGGCGUGGAAUCAAGGACUGUUAUUUUGCUUCAGUACCUGUGAUUGACCAAUGUGAAGCUAGCUUGUUUAUUUCAAAUACUAAAGGGGAAGUUUAUUCCUUGUCACUUCGCGAUCCACGCUUCAACUGGGUCCAGGAUAUUAGCUUCCUUGAUACAGUUUUCACCAUCACGCCUGGCAACAAUGGAUGUUUGUAUGUUACUGUACCUGCCAAGGCGCUUGUUUUGGCUCUGGAUGUUUACAUGGGCAAUAUCCUUUGGCAGCAAGGGAUUGGACCUUUGCCUACUGAGGAUACUACACCUGUUGUGGAUUCAAAUGGGUGGAUAUCGUUUGGUUCGCUGGAUGGAUUCCUGUACUCAAUCUCACCAGCUGGUGUCGUGAAGAAAUUCAUGAAGGCAUCCAAAUCUAGUUCAGUUAUACAAGUCAGCCCAGUUGUUGAUUGCUCUGGGUAUGGAGUUUACAUAUCUCAGACGCAUAUGGAGGGGAAAGUUGAUCGUGUAAUUGGUGAAUACAAUUAUGUAUCAGCAAUAAGGCCUACUGGUGUGACCUUCACCCUGUUGGUUCCUGCAACUGGGACUGUAUAUUGGUCAGAAAGCUAUCCUGGAGAGUUACCAACUCCAUUUUCCCAAAGCGAUCUGAAUCGUUUUGUAGUUGAUGAGGGUGUUAUGCUUGCCUUCAUCGCUGCUUCAAAGUCUGGGAGUAGGCUUCCUUGCCGUACCAAAUUUGAGAAGCUUGUGUCCACCUGCUCACAAGCAAACCCCAAGCAUAUAGUUGACUACCCUGGUAACAGAAGAACCCUGCUGUUAUUUCUGUUGUUUGAGACCAUUGUCCUGCUAAUACUUGCUGGACUGGUGAGAUUCUGUUGCAUCUUCUGGAACAAAGAGAAGCUUCAGGGCCAAGGCUUGGGAAGCUUCCUUGGUAAAAGGAGGUAUCUUCAAAGGAGGAAGAAAGCAUUGGAGAGGACAAUCACUAAGCUCCAGGGAAGAGCUGCUGCUGCAGAAGAAGUAACUGGCCACCAAACCAUUGAAGAGAUAGGCAACCUCUUGAGGAAGCGGGGCAAGCUGGAGAGAAAGCUCUCAACAACUUACAGCUUGGGGAGAGACAAGUGUGGAAGAAUUGCCACAAGCAGUCCCGGAACUCUGCUUCCAACGUAUAAUAAUGGAGCAGGAAGAAGUUACUCGUUUCAGAGUGCAAAGAAAGAGAAUGUCACUAUCUUUGAUGCUGCUGCGUCCCAUGACACUUCAUCGUCGUCUUCUGCAGAAGCAGAGAGAAGCAGCAGUGAGGGAGAAGAGGAAGAUUCCAGCUGGACUACCGAAGAAGAGCAACACUACUACCAGGAGCCAUCUGCCAUUAAAGAGAAAGGAAAAGGCAUAGCAGACUCAGAAGCAGCAGAAAGUUCGAGUGACGAUGGAGUGGAAGUGAUGGCGAAGUAUCAGAGGUGGUUGUCAGAGCCUGGAUCAGGCUCAGCACAAGGAAGUGGCAUGGAAAGCAUGUCGCUGAAGAGAAGAAAGACACCGUCCUCAAUUAGUUAAAUUUUGUUAAGAAACAAAAGAUAGCUGAUAAGAGUAGGAUUCUGACUGAAUCAUUAUGUUAAAUUAGGGAAAUUAGUGUAACUGGAGUGGUGAAAUGUGCUCAUAAUUUAUGAGCUAGUACAUUCUGCAUGAUUUGACUCACAGAAAAGCAAGAAUUGUAUAUAUCCGAGAGUGGACUACAUUGUGCUUAAAUCGCGGUUCAAAUGUUUCAUACAAGUAGAAGUUUCAAAUACCGACUUGGACUCCGGUAGGCAGUUUUUCGAUUGAACAAAUGGUAUAGUUUAAGAAACACUGAUUCUAGAA